CAGAUAUUCUAUCCAUAUCUACAGAUACAUAGAAACGUACCGCUGCUUCGUUCUUCAGAAGACAAUGAUGCGUCAGUACUGCGUUAUUCGUGCCUGACUGUAUCCGUUUUCCCCUUCCCUUGUCCUGUCCCCUACACCCCGGCCACCUGAGAUCGGACGAAAAUCCUGGGCGCACCCGUCGACUUCCACAUCGGCCCUAGGCUCGCUCGGCCGGGAUGCGCAACAACGUUCGACAAGGCUCAACAUAAGAAUAACUUCCCACAACUUGGCCGCGGGUCGCCGACUGCAGCGGUUUUCUCGGCCUGCUCUGUAUAAACAGAGAGACCACACUCCGAUCCGCAAAGAUACCACACCCCACCGGCUCGUCCUUAUUUACUGGACCUUGCUCCUCCCUACCUCGUUACCGUCUUCGUUCUCGGGUGCUUGCUCUAUCAGGCCUCGAUAUGUCUCUUUGGUCUUGAAUCCUCUGCAGCAGAAGCCAGAACAUCACAAUGAAGCGCCUGGGCUACAGGAAAUCACGCAAUGGGUGCUUGAGAUGCAAGGAGAGAAGAGUCAAAUGUGACGAAAACAAGCCUUGCAGCGCCUGUGUACGCCAUGGCUUGCCAUGUAGUCUCGAAAACGCGGGAGCGCCGACAGGCGCGUCCUCUCAGUCCAUGGCUCACCUGCCGCCGCCAGGGCAACGUACCAAGAGGUCGGGUUCGCGCGGCUCGGCAUCGGCACUGAGACGCCGAUCAAGCGCGCAGUCUCCUGCUUCUCUCUCGCCACAGUCUGCCGCCGGAUCACUCGGGGGCCAACAGAGCGCUUCUAGCUCCGGCGGAGGAGGCCAAACUUCGCCUUCGUCGCAGUCAGAUCCGUUUCCUUACUUCUCGAGGUUCCUGACCGAUCUGAAUAAGACCGAGACGGCCAGCGGAUGGAUCUCUGAUCUCGAGCUUAUGCACCAUUAUACUUCGGUGUCUUAUCGAACCUUUUCGCACUCCUCCUUGGCCCAGAAGACUCUUCAAUACGACGUCCCGAGGGAGGCUCUCUCCUACCCGUUCCUCCUUCAUCAAAUUCUCGCUUUCUCGGCCUACCACUUGGCCUACCUCCAGCCAGAUUGCCGCCAUGCCUACCUCAUGCAAGCUGCCCAGCACCAGAAUGACGCCAUCAACGGGAUGAGAGGGACUCUCCUGGGCACGAUCUCCUCGACGAACUGCCAUGCCCUCUUCGCCUCCUCCAUCUUCCUUACCUUGAGCGCCUUUGCUACCUACCCGAGCUACGAGAAAUACAACCCUUCCUUCUCCCCGAUCGAUAGCAUGCUCGACAUCUUCACCCUCACUGACGGGAUGAGCAUGAUCCUGCGCGCCUCCGACGAGGAUCUGCGCAAGGGCCCACUGCGAGAGAUCUUCAUCCGCGGGUCCGGCGAUACCACGCCGUCCACCGUGGAGGCUACUCUACAACCGCUCUUCGAACGGCUCCCUCGCCUGAGCUCCCAGCUCGCGGAAAUUGGUCUCGUCGAGCACGAGGGAAAAUAUGCCAUCACCAACGCGGUGAUUGCCUUGAGCGAGUGCAUCGCCAAGGUCUCUACCUUCAACGCCAUGUCGGCACCGGUCGAGUUCCGCGCUGUGUUCCUCUGGCCCAUUCUCAUGACCAGCGACUACUUGGACAUGUUGCGUCGGCGUCAUCCAGCGGCCAUGGUGGUGUUGGCGCACUACUGCGUUAUCGUCCACAUGGCAGAGCCGUUUUGCUGGUUCCUGAACGGGUGGGCCCGGUCUUUGAUCUCGCUCAUAUCGCAGCACUUAACUGCAACUCCAUGGGCAGACUUGGUGGCUUGGCCCGUGGAAAUUAUAGGGGUUGGCGGUUACGAAGUACAGCUAGAUCGCAUGGCACAUGCAAUGCCCGUCGUUCUCUAGCCUGUUGUUUUAAUCAUUCUUUCAUUCUAUCACUUCAUACACGCUACACAUGAUAGCGCCUCGCAACCGGAAUAUCUUUACGGACAGUAGUCACUUGACAGAGAGUCGAUAUCAUCUCUCGCUAACAAGGGCCGGGGCGUUACUGGAUUUGGACGGGAAGACAUGGCCAAGGCAGCCGGAAUCGGCGGGUGGCCGGACAGGCGCGGACAAGCGCGGAGAGCGAAAAGGUUAUUUGAAUUUCAUGGCUUUGGCAGGGACUUUGGAGGUUGGAGAGACUGGAGUCCAGGAGGGAAUCUUGGUUG